CUCCUAAGAGUCUAUUUCCCAUUUUCACUCCAGAGCUCAAAGCCCUAAACCUAAUCGGCGGCAGCAAAAUCACUCACCCUAGAAGAAAGCCAUGGCUGAGAGAGGCGCAGGAGACCGCGGCGGCUUCGGCAGAGGCUUCGGUGGCCGAGGAGACAGAGGAGGAAGAGGCGGCCGCGGACGCGGUGGCCGCAGAGGAGGCCGCCGUGAAACCGAGGAGGAGAAAUGGGUCCCCGUCACGAAGCUCGGCCGUCUGGUGAAGGACGGCCAAAUUCGCUCAUUGGAGCAAAUCUAUCUUCACUCUCUCCCAAUCAAGGAGUACCAAAUCAUUGAUACUCUGGUCGGCCCUUCGUUGAAGGAUGAGGUUAUGAAGAUCAUGCCGGUCCAGAAACAGACCCGGGCUGGUCAGAGGACCCGGUUCAAGGCCUUUGUGGUGGUCGGAGACGGAAACGGCCAUGUGGGAUUGGGUGUCAAGUGUGCUAAGGAAGUGGCGACUGCGAUUCGUGGGGCUAUUAUUUUGGCUAAGUUGUCUUUGAUUCCGGUGAGGAGAGGAUAUUGGGGGAAUAAGAUCGGGAAGCCCCAUACUGUGCCGUGUAAGGUUACCGGGAAAUGUGGGUCUGUUACUGUGAGAAUGGUUCCGGCGCCAAGGGGAGCUGGAAUUGUAGCUGCUAGGGUUCCUAAGAAGGUUCUUCAAUUCGCUGGUAUUGAGGAUGUUUUUACCUCUUCCCGUGGAUCUACCAAAACCCUCGGCAACUUCGUCAAGGCUACUUUUGAAUGUCUGUUGAAGACUUAUGGGUUCCUAACCCCCGACUUCUGGAGAGAAACUCGCUUCACAAAGUCUCCAUACCAAGAGUUCACCGAUUUGCUGUCAGCUAAGCCCACUGCGAAAAUUGCCUAUAUAGAGGAUUCUGCUCCUGAGAGGGUUGAGGCCUAAGUUUUGCUAGGUGAUUAUGAAAUACUAGAUAAACUGUUUGAAGUUUGGUCUUUCUUUUGAGUACUGCCAAGGUGUUCUGUUUCUUGAUAUACUUGAUGGUUUUAUUUGUAGCACAUCAUUGAAUUUGGUGUCCUUUUGGAGUUAAUUGCAGAAUCAAUUAUGUGAUGCAGCUUGUCCCUUUUUAGUUAA